GAAGAAUUUAAUGGAAAUUGUAGAAUAGAAUUGUCGAAUUGUAGAAUUGUAGUCGGGAGUCACUCUGAUGAAAUUACAAAGCCUGUUCUAAAAAAAACCAUCGAAAAUGGAAAACGAUUAA